AUGGCUCAACAUCAUCACAGCAACAGCAGGGAAACACUUCAACGUUUGGUACAAAAGUUCGGAAAUAAAAACAAGCUCCAAUUUUUUGAGCAUGAUGAUAUUGGAUCGGAGAAUCCGAAGAAUAUUCCACCACUUGUUUUGUUGAUUGGUUGGUAUGGAAGCAAGUUCAGAUUCGUCUCCAAGUAUACUGCAAUUUAUACCAGAAAGGGAUAUGAUGUCUUGUCGUAUAUUCCAGAUUCUUGGGAAUUAUUUUCGAAAAAAGCAUCUUUGAAUGGAGUAGAGAAAAUUUUGGAUAUGAUUGAAGUGGAUCAGAAGGAAAAUGAAAGCUCUUUCAUUGUUCAUGCAAUUUCAAAUAAUGGAGGUUUAUUUGUUGCUAGAAUGAUGGCUCUAUUGGAUUCUAAUAAGAAUGAUUAUAUAAAUGUUAGAAAGGGAUAUAGAGGAUUGAUUUCUGAUUCAUUCCCUGGUGUAAAUACUGAAGAUGCAGAUGCUAUUUCAGUUUUGGCAGGAUAUAACUAUGAUAAGAAAUUGAAGAAAAUUUAUUAUUUAUUGUGUAUUUUACUUUUACUAUCAUGUGAGCAAUAUGGCUGAACAGUUCUAUGUUGGAUAUUUGAGUGAAUUGAGUUUAACCACAAAGGUGUUUGGUGAAGACACUCCAAUUUUGGUCAUGUAUGCCAAGGAAGAUUUUAUUGUUCCUUCAAAGGCAGUUUAUGCAUUUUGGUCUAAUUAUAAGGAAAAGAAAUCUGUAAAGAUUUGUUGCUUUGAGGGUGAUAUUGAUCACAUUAAGAUUUUUGUUGUUGAACCAGAAAAGUAUUGUGCAGAGAUUGAUCAUUUCACAAAAGAACACAUUCCACUUCCGAUUAGUCAUCAUUAAAUAGUUUAUAAUUCAUCUU